AUGCCCCCACGCUCCAUCAGGCUUAACUUCGAAAGAUCCCACAACCUGAAGCGUAUGCGGAGACAAACCGCGGGUUAUUUUAUCACUCGUCCGUCAGCCUUUAAAGGUGAAUUUCGCGUAUCGACGAGCGCCGCCACCACUGAGCAUUUGGCUGAGCUAGCCUUAAAUGGACCAUGA